AAUAUCAUUUUAACAUCAGCUGACUUAACAGAUAAUAUAUAUGUAUAUAUAUUGUACGCGUCUCAUCUCAUGCGCAUACGCAGAGGUUUAGCUUAACCUAACCUUAGUUUAUAUCGGUUUAUCGGCAUGAUGUGCACGUGUAUGGUACAGGAAAACAUGUAAAAUAUGUUUAUUUCAUAUAGCUAAAUGAAAUAAUUAGUUUUACGAUUAGUAUAAAUUAUUAAAAAUCUCACAUUAAAAAAUUAAGUGACUUAAUUGGAUAACAUGGGUAAAAAUCAUAGACAUCAAAAACAAUUAAAAUCUGAAAAAGCAAAAGUAAAAUUAAAAACCAAAGGAUCUCAAUCACUGCCAAAAGGUUUGAACAUCACAGAUGCGAGCUUUAAGACAAAAAAAAUUAUAAUUCGUGAACAAUUAAAGCAACAAGAUGAAACUCAAAUUCUUAGUCGAAGGAAACUUAACAUCAAGGAUCUUUUAACAAGGCUACAGCAUUAUAAUUCAUCUAUUCGUCAAGAUGCCAUCAGAGAAUUAAAAGAAAUAAUAUCUAGAAAUUCUGUUGAUGUUCUGAAUAUUCAACUGAAUAUAUUAUUUAAAGGCAUUACAAUCUUAGUGCUUGACAAAGAAAAAGCUAUUAGGCGAGAAUCUUUAAAAGCUUUAAGUUUUAUUUUGGCUUCCAUUUCUAAAGAUCAGUUACUUCCUUUCUGUGACAUUUUAAUUUCAUAUUUGACCUGUGCAAUGACACACAUUGAUCAGAAUAUAAUGGAAGAUUCUUUGCUAUUUUUAGAUAUUUUGUUACAAUAUUGCAGUGUUCCUCUUGCUAAUAAUAGCCAUAAAAUUCUCUUAUAUUUCUUGGAUAUGAUUUCCAAGCUUCGAUCUCAAGCACAACCAGGAAGGCAGUUGACAACUAAUCUUAAUACAAAAAGUACUUGUAUGAAAUGGAGAAUCAAGGUCUUAAAUAGUUUGGAGAAAUUUUUAUCAGCUAUAGUGUAUCAUCAGAAAUAUUUAUCCAUUAACUCGUCAGUCUGUCCUUCAAAAAUUUAUUAUAUAAAAGAUGAAGAUGUUUGUUGUCCAAUUUAUUCACCAAUCAGUUUACAAAUUUGUUCUAUGGAUUUUAAAAGAGAUGAAUUUCAAAAUUCAAAUGACAAAUCAUUAAACACAUAUACCUUACAAAGGUAUAUUGAUUCUUUAAUGCCUCUGAUGUUUGAUAGUUGGUUAGAAGCUAGUCCCAAGAGCUCAAAUUCCACAAAUGUGCAACUUUUUAUAUCCGCAGAAGCAGCAUAUCUUCUGAAGUGCAUUACUAGUAUAAUCCAGUCCAUAAUUGAAUACAUAAAACUACUUGAAAAUGAAAAUGGAACUUCUGUAUUAAGUAUUUGGUUUAGAGAUAACUUUCAAAGUGCUUUUAUAAAAAUUUUUUUGCAUGAAUUCCCUUACAUACAACAAAAAUAUAAUUCAAGAACAAAAAGGUCAGGAGAUGAAUUUGCAAGUCAGUCUUUAGUUCAUUGUCUGGAACAAAACUUAACUUUGUGUUAUAUUUACAUUUGGUUCACAACUAUUUCUAACAAUACAGUAAUACGUAGUAAUAAGAAAAAUGCAAAAAUUGAUUUCUGUAACGAAAUAAUGCAAUUUCUAACAGAUAAACUUGAAAAUUGGUCUAAUAAUGAAGCAUUUGCAGUUGGAAGCAUGGUUAAAGUUUUAAAUAUUCUAUUUCUGCAAGCAAGUGCGAUAUGGUAUAGAAAUAAAAUAUACCUUGGAAAGGUCUUGAAAAGCAGUAUUGAUACAUAUCUAAACAAAACAAAAAAAGAUUUACAAAAACAUUUAUUUGCAAUUCUUAAAAAUAUUGUAAUGGAUCACACUUUACGGCAUCUGCAUGAAGAAGAAGUCUUCAAAGAAUUCAUUAAAACACUGCCAGCAUUACUGUUAAAAGAUACAAUCCAUGAAAGCACAAUAUGUAUGCUGAACAAAGUUGUAUUACAAUAUAGGCAGUGGUUACAAAAAGAGUUAGAAGAAAAUUACGAUGCAAUAAUUGAAAACGCUAAGAAAAUUCAAAUACUUGAAUCUGGGAAUGAAUCAGACUCACGGUUAAUGAUAUGCAAUUUGUUCUACUUCAUGCAUGGACAGGUUUAUUAUUGAUAAAACAAUGAAAACUCAGUCAAGGCUUGUACAACUUUGGUUUGAUCUUUUGUUGGAUAAUAUAUUCUACUACAAAGGAUUCAAAAGCGAAACAAAUCAGAAAGUUUAUGAAUGCAAGGCCGACAAUCAUAAAUCUCCAGUCGUAAACUGGUGGCAUCUUGAGC